AUGGAGUCGACGGAUAACCAAAACCAUGCGGCGCUUCAGCCCCUUGCUCCUGAUGCGGUUCAAGAAACCAGUCCCGAGCCUGUCAAGUCUCCUGUCAAGUCUCCUGUCAAUGCCGAAUUCCCUCUUGUCGCUCUCCUCACGCAGGGACUAGAAGAAUGUGACUGGGAGCAGCUGCAGAAGAAAUAUGCGGAUGCCAUGGACGAGCACAGCCGCGUUGAAGAGGAUCUUCGUAUUGAGACUGCAAAACUGCUCGAGAUAUUUACAGCGUGGUCUCAGACUACUGUGUUACAGGAUGAACAACGGGCUCUGAAACGGCAUGAACCCCCCCGAGGCAGGUCGCUCAAGAGCAACGCUUCUAACGCUGUGCAGGUUCAAGACACAGAUGCAGCAUACACCGAGGUCGUAAAAGCAUUCCAGAGCGCUCUGGCCUUGCUAAAUGAACAGCUGAAAACCUGA